AUGGCGGAUCAUGACUCGGCGAGGUCGAGGAAGGAGGAGGAGAAGGCCGAUGGGCCCUCUGACCGCUUCCAUGCUGAAGCAGAGCGACAAGAAGGGGGCCGGGCAGGCGGCACGCUCGCAGGCUCCGAGGGACAGGAUGUAAGUGAACUUGAAGCGGCUAGCAACAAAGGCGGGGGAGGAGGCAAGAAGCCGCUAGCGAAGAAGCGGUCUCAAGGCAGGGACGGGGGAAGGAGGCAAUCCGCACAGGAGCAGGGCAGCUCGGAGCGGGAUCUGGGGAAGAAACCGAGACAGGGGGAGAGGUUACCACGGAUCAAGAAGCUCGACAGCAAGUCAGGGAGGAGGGCGUCUGAUGACGGGUCCAUGCGCUCCCUCGGGAACGAAUCGAGCCACUCGAAGAGUCCUAACCGCAUCAAACUCAAGCCACUGCAGGAGCCGAGAUGGAACGACCUUGUCUUCCGCAAGAGCACAGAGGGGGCGCUGGUGAUGAGCGUGGAGAGCACGGGGAUCCCUGGGAUAGGAUGGGGCGAGCUGCUGGCAAGGGAGGGGAGGAUCCAGUUCGUUGCCGGCCAGCAGGAAGACGCCAACAGCGCUGGGAGGGAUCAGGAGGGGAAGGUGGGGAUGCAGAGAGGGAGCAAGCAAGUUCAGCUGCACGUAUGCAAUGAGAUCCUCCCUACUCCACAGUUCGCACGCUAUGUCCAUCCGCUAGGGAAGGAGCAGAAGUUCCUCUCCUCGCUGCGAGGCUCCUCUCCCCCGAAGAAAGAGAGGAAGAAGGAAAAGCUCUAUCCUCUCCAAAGCUCGCAGGAAUAUGGACCAGACGGAGUGGUGGAGGAGCGGGCUUUCCCGGCACGACCGGGAGGAGGAGAACGUCAUGUCGCAAGGGUUUCAGGCGAGGAUGACGGCCGCCUCCUACGUCCUCGAGCGGCUGAAAUCGCGCGAGAGGCGCAGGGAGGACGAGGAGAGGAGGAGGAGGUUCGGCAGGGGAGCAAAGCCUAUGGUGUCUGGAGGGUCGUGGAGCCUUGGCAUGCAGCUCGCCAUGCUGUCCAGCCAGGAGAGGAUGGAGAGGAGGAGGAGGAGGGAGUGGAGGCAGAGCUUGAUGCAGAUCGUCUCGGGGUUCGAGGAGGAAACCUCGGACUAGAAGGAGCGAGGAAGGAGGAGCAGGAGAGGAAGACGGCGAAGAUGCUGGGUGAGGACGAGGAUGCUGUGGGGGGCGGAGGUGUGAAGGUGUGGAGCCUCUCAGAAUCUUUGUUGGAUGCGACGUAUGGAGAAACAGUUGACAAGGACAAGGGUACUGAGUCUGGUGGGGAACAAGACGACAUCCUCGACGGCGGGGCGACCGAGCAAGACAAGCAGGAGCAGGAGGAGGAUGGCAAGGGGGAGAAGGACCGCGAGAGGGAAGAAGAAGAGGAGGAGGAGGAGUUCUUCGUGGAGGCAGACGCGAGUUUUGACUCCAUCAAGGAGGACGUAGACUUGUCUAUCUAUGGCCUCGACCAUCCGCAUGACUACAAGAGACCUCAGACCGGAACGCACAGGAGAGAGGAGGAGGAGGAGGAGGAGGAGGAGGAGGAGGAGGAGCGUUGGGGCGGCAACGAGCGGAUCCGUCUCAACUUGUCCUCCCUCGUUAGUCAGAUCCUCUCUGAAGGAAGCCUCCUCCUGUCCUCCAUCGAAAGCCCUGACGCUGCGAGCUUGUUGGACGCGCUCAAGAGAAGGGACUCAUUGCUCAGCAACCUCCUUCUGCUUGCCGUCGAGACAUCUUCUUCGGACAUCCAGGAGGAGGAGUCGCUGGAGCAGAGCCUGCGGCGGCUGCUGCAGGAGGGCCAACACCUAUUCACAAACAUGGAGGAAUCCUCUGCCGAGGAUCUCAGACGAACUCUGAAAAACAGUGAUUCUCAGCUUUCAAAACUGCUCCUGCUCGCCAUUCAAAAGUUAGAUGACAAGUCAACUGCGGGAGAAGAGGAGACGUGGAGCGGGGAGGAGGAGCGGGAGGAUAAUGAGGGCAAGGGCAAUGGCAAGGGCCACAUAGAAAUACAGGAGGGAGGCGACGAGGAGGAGGAGGAGAAGGAGGAGAAGGAGGAGGAGGAGAAUCACAUUGGCGCAAACAAGGACAGUAGUGGGGCUGGCAAGAGCAAACACGAGGGCGAGAGAACAACGAUGGAGGAGGAGGAGGAGGUGGUGGUGAAAAAGGAAGAAGGGGUGACGGUGGAUAAGGAUCAUGGGGAAGUGAAGGAGGGAGGGAUGCACGUAGAGCGUGGAGAGAGAGGGGAAGCAGGAGAAGCAGGGACGACAGUCGUCGAGCACAGGGGCGUUGGGAGCUUGUUCUGCGGCGAGGAGGAGGCAGCAGCAGUCAAUCUCAAGGCUGGAGGCGGUAGCGAGCCGAGAAUCUCUCCAGACAACAGCUCCAGCAAGACGAAUGAGGGACAUGGUGAUGGACAGUGCGAGAAGACAAACAUACACGAGGAAGUCGGAGGGGUCGACCUCGACUCGCUCCUCCGGACCGCGCGCGACCGAAGCGAAGCUCACAAGCCGACAUAA